AUGGCUGUCAUACCACGCUCCAAAGCCAAGACGGCGCACGUCAACAUGAUGACGGACACCAUCAUAGCAAACCUCCCGGCAGACGCACUUCGAAGCGUAAUCAGAGUCAUUUUGACAACGGAGCCAUCAGUCACAAGUAUUCUCGAGGAGCAAACGCGAAUUUAUCUCAGGAACACCGCCAAUCAGCCCAAUGGUCAGCUGUUUCAAUCGACGGCCGAGGGGGUCGCAUCAACAUCGAACUUCACAUGCGCCCAGCAGCGCCUACGUUCCGCCAUAGGGUGUGGACUGGUCCUCGACAGCUUUCCUAUACUCAACAACAUUGUAGAAGAAUCCUCCAGCCUGAAUGAUGGACACGACGUGCAUCGGUCGGCUGAGCUCGACCGAUGUCUAGCUUCAGUAGACGGCGAUAUAGUGCAGGCAUUAACUGCGAUCCAAAAACGCCUGUUAUCCGAUAGUGGCAGUAGGGACCUUAACGACGACGACGAGAGGCCUGUGAUGAACUUCCUCUUCGAUUCGUUACUUCGAUGUCGUCAAAGAUGGCUUGCUUCUGCACAGGACUUCCCUUUUGACCGAAGCACAGCAGUCCUUGCAACGAUGCUCGGCCGUGAAAGUGGUAUACCGACACUGGCUUAUCAAAAUGGUUCUCAUCAAGACCGAAUCCAUCAACGGAAGACAUCCAAAUCCUUGGAGACUUUCAAAGUAAAGGGUAUCGAGCUUCCUAAAUUGUUUGCAGGUCUCUGGCAGUUGUCGAGUCCAUCAUGGGGUACUGCAUCUCAGACACAAAUGUUCAAGCAAUUCGUCGAAUACAUUGAAGGCGGCUUCACUGCGUUCGACAUGGCUGAUCAUUACGGCGAUGCUGAAGUCAUUUUUGGUCGGCUGAGAUCCUCGCUAUCCAAGUCUGAUGCCGUCUUCGGUGCCACAAAGUACUGCGUCUUUCACAAGAUCACCGUUACACCUGCGGUGAUCCGUGCAAACGUCACCGAGCGUUGUCAGCGCAUGAGUGCCGACAAGGUCGACCUUUUGCAAUUCCACUGGCAAGACUACAACGACCACCAGUAUAUCGAAGCACUGCGACUUUUACAGCAGGACGAACGAGUUAAACAUCUGGGAUUAUGCAACUUCGACACAGCACGGCUUCAAGAAGUGAUAGACAACGACAUCGAUGUUGUCACUAAUCAGGUUCAGUUUUCUCUUAUCGAUGCACGACCACGAUUCAAGAUGGGCGAGGUCUGCGCGCGGCACAAUGUGAAACUCCUCACAUAUGGUACUCUUUGUGGAGGCUUCCUUGCUGAGAAGUGGCUCGGCAAACCUGAGCCACAGCUGUUUGGUCCGGAUACGACUCCCUCGCAAAGAAAAUACUUUGAGAUGAUCCAGACAUGGGGCGAUUGGGAUCUGUUCCAGACCUUGCUGCAGACUCUGAAGGCUAUAGCGACCAAGCAUAAUGUCUCCAUCUCGAAUGUCGCUACGAGAUGGGUUCUCGACUUCCCAUACGUGGGUGCAGUCAUCAUUGGCGCGCGGAUGGGUGUUAGUGAGCAUACGGAAGAGAAUUUGAAGACGUAUGGAUGGAAACUCGAUGAAGAAGAUCAGAAGCGCAUAGAAGAAAUCCUCGAGAAAAGCAGGAGAGAGGAGGUGUUUAAUGUCAUGGGUGAUUGCGGUAGUGAAUAUCGGUAG